CGUUGGACGCUCGUUCAAGCAGGAGCAGGCUCUCCGAGGGAAAAGUCUCUCUCUCUCUCUUCCCUCUCUCUGGCUUCCCUUCUCCAUUAUUGCAUCAGCCAGCGAGCGUGCGAGCGAGAGACCCACGAUCAGCUCAAGACCGCCGUCAUUUCUCACUUGCUGGGCAUCGCCAGAUCGUGUCGGUGGAGAGAACAGGGACAACAUCCCGGGGGGGGGAAGCAUCGACUGGUGUCCUCUCUUUUCGCGUGUCCGUGCGUGUUCCCUGAAGCGAUUUGGGAAGAAGAAAUGUCGAAGAUCGUCAGCAUCUUCAAGAAGAAAACGUCCCCCAAAGAAGCCCUCAGGACCAGCAAGAGAGAAAUGGCAGUUGCCACGCGAGGUAUUGAACGAGAGAUAGCAUCCCUUCAAUUGGAGGAGAAAAAGUUGGUGGCAGAGAUUAAGAAAACAGCCAAGACUGGCAACGAGGCAGCAACUAGAAUUUUAGCUCGUCAACUUGUGCGUCUACGACAACAGAUAACUAAUCUGCAAGGAAGUCGUGCUCAAAUCAGAGGGGUGGCGACUCAUACUCAGGCAUUACAUGCCAGCACAUCUAUUUCUAAUGGAAUGAAAGGUGCAACAAAAGCAAUGGUUGCAAUGAACAAGGAAAUGGUUCCUGCAAAACAAGCCAAAGUGAUCAAAGAAUUUCAGAAACAGUCUGCACAACUGGAUAUGACGAUUGAGAUGAUGUCAGAGUCUAUAGAUGAGGCCUUAGACAAGGAUGAGGCUGAAGAGGAAACAGAGGAGCUGACUAAUCAGGUGCUUGAUGAAAUCGGUGUUGAUAUCGCUUCACAGCUAUCUUCAGCUCCCAAGGGUCGCAUCUCAUCGAAGAAAGUGGAGACUGUUGUGACUAGUUCUGAAUCUCCAGAUGUGGAGGAUCUGGAGAAGAGGUUGGCUUCUCUUCGGCGUAUUUGAUCCAUGCAAUCGACCCUGCACAAAGUUUCUGCAAAGGUUCUCAAGACAAAUCGUGAGUCUUCAAAUCGUCGUGGAGAUGAUCGUAAUAAAAACUAGAUACUAUGAUCUGACUUCCCACGAUCGGAAACUUUCCUGUGGGGUGUAAUUCAUUCUAGAGAUACAACAAUGUGAGGUUUUACAAGAGUUCACUGCCUCAAUACUGUAAGAUUGCUAUUCAGCCUGGGACUGGCAGUCUUCCUGCAACAUCUCUAGCAUUUCCUCCAGCAUGUGGAGCUCUGUUGAUAUGCAUUAGAAGUAUCAUGGUUUAUAAUAAUGUUGAAGCGCUUGAUAUAAUUGACAAUGUCAGAAAAGGAAAAGAUGUGAUGUGCAAAUUGUAUUA